GUGCUGACAGAGGUGAUGGAUGGAGCCAAUCAAUCUGGGGUGUCUGAGUUUGUGUUCCUGGGACUUUCCAAUUCGUGGGAAAUCCAGCUCCUCCUCUGCCUCUUUUCCUCUGUGUUCUAUGUGGCAAGCCUGGUGGGAAACCUCCUCAUUGUGCUAACUGUGGCCUCUGACCCUCGUUUACAGUCCCCCAUGUACUUCCUGCUGGCCAACCUUUCCAUCAUUGACUUGAUAUUUUGUUCCUCUACAGCCCCCAAAAUGAUUUAUGACCUUUUCAGAAAGCACAAAACCAUCUCUUUUGGGGGCUGUGUAGUUCAGAUCUUCUUUAUCCAUGCAGUUGGGGGCACUGAGGUGGUGCUGCUCAUAGCCAUGGCCUUUGACCGAUACGUGGCCAUAUGUAAGCCUCUGCAUUAUCUGACCAUCAUGAGCCCACAGAGGUGCAUUUCGUUUUUAGUUGCUUCCUGGGUUAUUGGCCUUAUUCAUUCAGUGAUUCAGUUGGCUUUUGUUGUAGACUUGCCUUUCUGUGGCCCUAAUGAAUUAGACAGUUUUUUCUGUGAUCUACCUCGAUUUAUCAAACUUGCUUGUACAGAGACCUACACACUGGGAUUCAUGGUUACUGCAAAUAGUGGGUUUAUUUCUGUGGCUUCUUUUUUAAUUCUGAUCAUCUCUUACAUCUUUAUUUUGCUCACUGUUCAGAAAAAAUCUUCGGGUGGUGUAUCCAAGGCCCUCUCCACUCUGUCAGCUCAUGUCACUGUGGUGGUUUUGUUCUUUGGUCCAUUAAUCUUUUUCUAUACGUGGCCAUUUCCUACAUCACAUCUGGAUAAAUUCCUUGCCAUCUUUGAUGCAGUUAUCACUCCUUUUCUAAAUCCGGCCAUCUACACUUUCAGGAAUAAAGAGAUGAAGGCGGCAAUGAGAAGACAAUGCACUCAGUUUUUGAAUUAUAGUAAAAUAUCUUAAAUACACUGAGGAUAUAUAGAAA